AUGGAGCGCUUGGCCAACAAGGGAGAAGGCUUGGGAGGGAGGUCAUUUUGGCCCUUAGGGAAUUACUUGUUCUGUUCAAACAAGGGCAUGAUUUGUUUGGACAAUGCUGCAUCUGUCAACAAGAUGAUGCAUUUGAUGCUAAGGAUAGGCUCUCCAAGUUGUGUCAUUGAGGAGCACCUUAAGUAUGGGUGGUAUGUUGAGAGACUUACUCAUCAAUCUUUAAUCAGAAGCUUCAUGGAAGGAGAUCUCUCUGAAACAAGCUAUGAAGCAAGUCUUUCAAUGGCUUUGAACUCCUUGGGGACAUCUCAACAGGCAGUCAUUGCACUGGCAAAAGAUUACUUGACAAUGGCGAGGCAAAUGAGGCGCCACCCAAACAUAAAUGCUGCCAAUUUAGCCAUUAGGCUAUCCAAAAUCACUCCUUAUAGGAUGGAGAUAGAGUGGUAUAAAGCCUGUUGUGACAAGUCCAAUGAGCAAAGAGGAUACUAUGAUUCUUUCAAGCAGAGGGGAGCCUCAAAGAGAGAGUCCCAUGUAAACAUGAACCGGUUCAAGCUUGCAGUCUUUUGGGAUGAGGUCAUAUGCAUGUUGGACAAGAAAGAGCUCCCACACGAUUUGCACAAAAGGUCAGAAUGGGUAAGCGAGUCGCAGUUAUAUAAGCUUCUUGUGGAGCCAUUGGAAAUUGCGGAGUAUUAUCGGUCUGGGAUGCACCUUAGGAAAGGCCACUACAUAAGCAAUGGAAGAGAGAGGAGAUAUAAAAUUUUCGAUCACUGGUGGACCGAGAGAGUUGUGACCAAGAAACUGGGCAAUAGGAGAAUAAGGUAUGCAAGCUCGACCCAGGACACUUGCUUUUGGGCAAGGGUGGAAGAAGCAAAGGAGUGGCUGGACAAAUUUAGGAGGCAAAGCGACCCAAACAACCCAACUUUCCUUCGAGACAGACUAGAUGAGUUUGAAACAUAUGCAAUGAAACUGGUUGACGAUAAAGAGGUGUCCACUGAUGUAGUGGCUAAGAAUUCGAGCUUUAGUUUAUGGUUAAAAGAAUGGAGAGCAAUGAAAUCACAUAUUUUUCCCUUUAAGAGCAUCAAUUGA